GUUUCUAACAAUCCCAAAUUACCGGUCCGGACUAUAUGACCCCACUGCAAGUUCGCAGGAGGAUCUUGGUGCUUCCCUAAUUCACUUCUUCGGGGUUAGCUUUGGAAUGUGAUUCGAUGUUAUUUCCCUUCCAGCUGAAGGGCAGCUGAGGUUACAAAGGGAUUUGACUAAUAGGCCAAAACCCAGUUAGGUUUGCUGAGAACCAAAUGACAGCAGAGGGGGAGGGGGGUGGAGGAGGGGAGUGUGUGAACCGUGCUGCUGAGGCUCCAACCCGGAGCCUUCUGCACAACCCCAUCCCAGGGCAGACCUAGUGGACAGGCCAGGUGGCCCCCGGCCAGACCUUCCAGAGAGCAGCCCCUGCAGAUCGGUUCUGCCGGCGCUCAGCUUCGCGUUUUCCGAGAGCUCCUUGGGACUCGCGCCGCCCGAAGCCGGUGGGGGGGAGGCUUCUAGGCUUCCUGCACCACAGGGGUGACUCCUCACCUGACACCUUCAGAUAAGCGGCCCCUGGGGGACCCCCGUGAGAGGCUGGCAGAGGGGAGCCCCGCUUCUUUGCCCGGAGGCCUUAGCGGCUGAACAAGCCACUUGACAAACUUUGACGAGCACCGAAGGAGAACUGCGGACACAGGCAUCCGAGGAGGAGAGGCAAACGCUAAGGCCUCGAUGGCAGUGCCCCCGGCCGCCGUCCCAGCGGCAGCCUGGCAUUAAUCGAGCGCCGCGCAGCCGGUGCCGAGAGAGCAGGGGGAGAGAGCGCUCCGUCUCCAAGGCGGGCGCCCGGGAGCCCUUCGCCCCGGCGGGAAGCCUGGCCCCGCGAGUCGCCGCGCCGGCCGCGUUCGCGAGGGACCGAGCGACGGGGAGGCUGUGCCAGGCUGGAGGAGGCUUGCCUUUCCGGAGCCGGAGGAGAUUUCCCGGGGCUUCGCCUUCCCCUGCCUGGGAAGACUGUCCCCUCCGGCAGCAGCGGCGGCCGCGGCUCGGCGGGGGCCCGGGGCAGAAUGCCCGUCCUAGAGCGCUACUUCCACUCGGCAGAGCUAGGCAGGAGGGGGACGGCCCCGGAAGGUGCGCGGCCCUCCUCCGCGGGCGGCCGGCCGGGGUGCCAGCAGGGGCCGCUGCCCUGGGACUUGCCCGAGAUGAUCAGGAUGGUAAAGCUGGUGUGGAAAUCCAAAAGUGAGCUGCAGGCGACCAAACAGAGAGGCGUUCUGGAGAACGACGAGGCUCUCCACAGCUUUGCAGGAGAUGUACGACUAAGGGGUCAGACAGGGGUUCCUGCUGAACGCCGUGGCUCCUACCCAUUCAUUGACUUCCGCCUACUUAACAAUACAACACACUCAGGGGAAAUUGGCACUAAAAAAAAGGUGAAAAGACUGUUAAGCUUUCAAAGAUACUUCCAUGCAUCGAGGCUGCUUCGUGGAAUUAUACCACAAGCCCCUCUCCACCUGCUGGAUGAAGACUACCUUGGACAAGCAAGGCAUAUGCUUUCCAAAGUGGGAAUGUGGGAUUUUGACAUUUUCUUAUUUGAUCGCUUGACAAAUGGAAACAGCUUGGUAACACUGCUGUGCCACCUCUUCAACACCCAUGGACUCAUUCACCAUUUCAAGUUAGACAUGGUGACCUUGCACAGGUUUUUAGUCAUGGUUCAAGAAGAUUACCACAGCCAAAACCCAUAUCACAAUGCUGUUCAUGCAGCCGAUGUCACCCAGGCCAUGCACUGCUACCUGAAGGAGCCAAAGCUCGCCAGCUUCCUCACGCCUCUGGACAUCAUGCUUGGCCUGCUGGCUGCAGCAGCACAUGAUGUUGACCAUCCAGGAGUGAACCAGCCAUUUUUGAUCAAAACUAACCACCAUCUCGCCAACCUAUACCAGAAUAUGUCUGUGCUGGAGAAUCACCACUGGCGAUCUACAAUCGGCAUGCUUCGAGAAUCAAGGCUUCUCGCUCACUUGCCAGAGGAAAUGACACAGGAUAUUGAACAGCAGCUGGGCUCCUUGAUCUUGGCAACAGACAUCAACAGGCAGAAUGAAUUUCUGACCAGAUUGAAAACGCACCUCCACAAUAAAGAUUUAAGACUGGAGGAUGUACACGACAGGCAUUUUAUGCUUCAGAUUGCCUUGAAGUGUGCCGACAUUUGCAAUCCUUGCAGAAUCUGGGAGAUGAGCAAGCAAUGGAGUGAAAGAGUCUGUGAAGAAUUCUACAGGCAAGGUGACCUUGAACAGAAAUUUGAACUGGAAAUCAGUCCGCUUUGUAAUCAACAGAAAGAUUCAAUCCCUAGCAUACAAAUUGGUUUCAUGACCUACAUCGUGGAGCCACUUUUCCGGGAGUGGGCCCGUUUCACGGGCCCCAGCGCCCUGUCUGAGAGCAUGCUACGUCACCUCUCCCACAACAAAGCCCAGUGGAAGAGCCUGUUGCCCAAGCAGCACAGAAGCGGCGGCGCGGAGCACGCAGGCCCGGGGACUGAGAACCAGUAGCAGACUGGGACCAAAGGCGACGCCCCGUAGUCCCAGCCCCGCUGCCCCUGCUCCACGCAGACCGAAGGAGAACCUCCUCGAGCAGAGGCCUCCUGAGAGGGUGGCAGCUCUGGGGGGGGGUCUCGGCGACCAGCGCAGCCCCGCGCUGGGUGUCAUCCCCGGGGCUCUCUGCAAGGCCACCCUCCUCCUACUCACCUGCCUCCUCUCCUUUUUCCAAGUGUACAGAAGCCAUCCGUCACCUCAGCAUUCGCUGCCGAAAUAAGCAACUCCAUUCAGGAACGUGGGAGCCGAUUCUGGGGGGGGGGGGAGGCAGGUUGGCCCCUCAAGGCGAAGACUGGGGAGUAAGAAAGCGGUGCUCCUGCCAUGCCCGCCUCGGGCCCUGGGUCACACUGUGACAGGCGACAGUGGCUAAGUCCAGAGCGUUUUUAGCAUUUGCCAUCUGACUGCUGAUCUGCACGGCAAUAACACCAGCACCUGGGCGCCAAGGAGACGGGUCUUGGGUGCCAGAGCACAAAAGAGAACGGGAGCAAGGACCUGCUAUUUUAAUAAUAAUUGUUAUUAUAAAAAUAAUAAUAGAUCUUUUUAACUUUUCUAUUUUAUGCACUAGACAGUGGAUCUAAACCUUGGGACUAAGAUUGCUCAAUGUACCCAAACUUGAACAGGGGGUUCGUUGUUUCGUUACUGACUUGACGCCGCUUUGGGCCAGAGAUUGGGCGUCUGCUCAGUUUAAGAGGCCGCGUUUCCUAUCCGAUCCGAGGGGAAGGUGCUGUACAGUUCGUUCCUUUGCACCAUUAGCCGAUCUGUCUUUUAUCAGUAACUCAGAUCCCGUGACAUGUUUAUGUGCACACGUGUCCAUUUUCUGUAAAUACGCAGCGCUACUGAUGCCCCUGCCACAAUACGUGAGUAUUAUGGGAUUGCUACCUGUAUAAACAACGGCACUGUGAACAGAAUCCUGUUAGUUUUAAUCCAAGAGAAUGCGUUUGUAAAUCUGGUAGAGAGUUUAUUAAUAUACUGUUGUUUGCAGAUAAAGGCCUUAACUUUAAACAUCUUUCAUCUUCUGAAAGCUGCCCGACUUCCAUCCUCACACAUAUCCUUCUGAACUGCCGUCCCAUGCCCGUCUUUGCGCUUUCCAGCUAAGGUCACAAACCGAAACUGACUAAAGUCUUUGAGGAAAUAGUCUGGAAACUUCACCCGCAUUCCGCUUGAGACCAUAGUGUUUCAUCUAUGGCACCGAGCCUCGUUUCCUCAGAUUAAUGAGACCUUUCAACAAGCCUGAAGUCACUUUUCAACCCAGCGCCCAGGCUGCACCCUCUGUUUUAACAAGCCAGCUGAUAAGCUCGCCUUUGUGUGACUCUUGUCUUGGACCGUGCGGUGUGUCAACCUCGCAGGAGACGCGGCAGGUCUCACAAACCUCCUACGACCCUGUCAUCUACCCAUCAGGGAGCUCCCUGCCCUCCCACCACACAUUUGUCUGACACGGCUACAGUACCAAAGCACCUUUGGUUUAUGGUUGGCGUGCAUUUCUUUGGCGUUAGUAGUAACUGGAUUUUUCUUUUUCCUUAAUUUCGUGUGAACAACUACUCAAUUAUUUAGCUGAAGUUAACAUUAUUUAAGUCAAGAAAACAUUUCAGUUUUUCGACCGAAUUUACCUUCCUGGCAGGUCAUCGUGGUUCGUUACGGUUCUAGCUAACAGAGUCACCUUGGAAUCUGCUUGCCGUUUUUUCUGCAGACUCUUGGUCGGACAAUCAGUUUGUUACAGCAUCCUUCUCUAGUGACUAAACUCCAUGCAUUCAACCUUUUUCCUUAAAAGUUCUAGCAUAAGUAAUGUUACGUGAAAAUUGGCAUGUCCCUCUCUUCUUACCUUUACAUAACAUUAUAGUGGGGGAACGAUAAUCUGAUCAUCUCUGCCACUACCGAGCUGUUUCGCAAGCUGACAAACUGACAGCGGACUCUCGUUUUCUACAUGCAACUCUUGUGGGUUUUGUCCCUUCCUAACGUACAAAUGAAAUGUUCGAAACUUGACGGGUUUGUAAUAAGUUUCUGUAGAGAGACUGAGGUUUGCCGAGUGAAGGUUUAGGGGGAAAUUUUGGAAAGUUGGUUAUAUUUUCACUAAAGUCGGAGAGAUUGUCAGAUGGCACUAGAGAAAGUGUGAAAACCUCAUGAAAUGGGUGGCUGAUAAGUUGAAAUUGUUGAUAUGGGUAAGAGAGAAGUUGUGAAAUCUUAACACUAACUUUUUUUCUCUGUAAUAACUAUGAACUGACACCUGAUUCUUUAUUGCUUUAAUCCUCUGAAGCUCUCAGCUUGGUGAGGCCCCAAAAGAGAAAAUGUUGAAUGUGUUCCUGCUUCCAAAUCUCUCUUACUUUGGUCUGAUGAUGCAGAAAGAGCUUUUGUGUGGUCUGUGUUUAACGUUCAUGAGAUCAAAUGAAGGAAAGCAAUUGUCAAGGAUGAUACAGUGGAGAAAAGGGAAGAUGCUAUUUUAGUGAAUGGGGCCUCUGCCUUGGGUUUAAGAAAUGGACUUUGUUUAAAUUAUAUUUAUAUUGUAACUUACAUAAGUAAGAUUGGAGGCAUUUUUAGUAGUUCCAAGUUCGUAGGACAAAAGUCUAUGUUACAAUUAGGUCUUGAGGAGGAGCUCACAAAGAAAACCACCAAAUACCCGACUAUGAAGCAGCUACUAGGACAAUCAAAAUUUGAAGUAAAAGGAGACACGAUGCAUAAACUAGAUGCAUUUUUGUCCUUUCAACCAUCUGGAGUUUUCUUGAGUUCUUUGCUUUUUGGCAAAAAAAAAAAAGAAAGAAAGAAAGAGAAUGUGAAAACUUUUUUUCCCUGCCUACUAGCGGCUCCCCUUCCACAGAGGAGCUCUGUUGCUAGUUAAGACACAGCUGUUGGAUCAUCCAUGGAUUUUAUCUUUAUAGUCUCCUCCUGGUCCACGGACCACCAAUAGUUGACUUACCAAGUUUAAUUCUGUCAGUACUUGAGAAGAAAGGAAUCAAAGGGCUAUUUUUAGUAAGCAAAAUAGAGUUCAGAUCAAAUGAAGAGGGAGAAAAUAUGUAUCACUGCCAGGCCUGGUCGUCAAAGCCUGCUUCUCCUUUAACAGCAUCCGUGAAUAGUCAGAAACUCGUUCUUGAACCCCUGACCUACCCAUAACUCCUCUAGGCUGAGGGAAAAUCCCACUCCGUUUCCACCCGCCGAAGGCCUCCCACAAAGGCACUUGGAGCGUGCCCGGCGACACUGUCUUCAGAUAGUGCUUCCUACAAAACACAGACUUGUUUUGUAAUCUUUUCUCAUGUUGAAUCAGAUCUGCUCACUGAUUUGAAUUUGGUUAUGAGCUUGUGUCUCGCUGUAUUUCUUAUGCUUGGUUCUUUUAAGCAAACCCUUAAAAUUGUGUUGUUUUGUGUACACAUGUGAGA